AUGAGCCUGCAAGCAUUACUUUGGCUUAUAUCAGCAUUAAUGUGCACCGUUUGGAUAAUUCCGAGACUGGCUUCAUAUAAGGUCUCGAAAUCAUGCGGAUUUUUCUAUUCAAUAACUGAAUCCCUUAUUGAAGAUGUUGAGACAAUUGUUUUCUUAAAGCUUUCUUCAUUGGAAGAAGCGAUCAACUGUUUUGAGCAACAUAAUCAACCAAAUCCCAUAAGCAUUGCACUGGAAAGCAACCUUUUACUGCUUCAUCAAAGGAAUUUCCAAAUGAAAAACCGAGUAUCGAUGGACUUUCAGAAGUAUACCUUACUUUCUCGAUUAUGUUCGGGAAUUUGCUACUUACUUGAGUACAAACGUUUCAAAUAUUCGUUUAAGAGGCUCGCAAAGAAAUCUUCAUUAAAAGCAGGAUGCAGCUGCAAACUAUCUCAAUGCGAAUUUAAUCGAAUAAUGGCUGCGGAUAGGACAUUCAACCGAAAUAUUCAAAUCUGUUUUAAAAAAAUUCGAAGUUUUGUAAGUGAAUGUGCGAUAAAAUACCUCAUUAUUCUCAUUUUUUUACGAGCAAUUACUUCACUUACCCAUAAAUUCUCAUUAUAUGUUGAGAGCCCUAAUACUGUCAAAUUGAAUCUUAGUGAAACAUGGAGCAAGACUGUGUUGUUUCUCGUGUUCUUUAUUUUUUGCUUACAAUGGAAGUUUAUCUUAAAAUGGCCUUUCAUAAACAUUGCUUCUCUGAACAAAUUCGAGUUCAUGGAUAACUCAAUGCUCAUAUACAAAUAUCCUUAUCCAGAAAAAAAUAAUCAGCUCAUAGAACAAAAGCAUACCGAAGCCUUCAAUUUAGAAAAAAGAAAAGAAAGCAUGAAAGCAUUUUUGGAAGGUCUAAGCGGAAUCAGGUCAAAAGAAGAAGUAAAAAAAGACUUUACGUUUGAAAAAGUAUCCUUAAAAACCUACAUAAUGGAUAAUGAAAGUCCAUAUUUAAACAAUUAG